AUGAGCACGUGGAAGUAUAGACUGAGCUUGCAGAUGUCUCUCCAGAAUCUCUCACUUUCAGACUCACUGCACAUAGCAGUUUUGGCUUCCAUACUUUCUCUUAUCAUUUACUGGAUCAUCAGAGACAGAUACAGAGUGAGAAACCUGAAUGGAAAGCAUGUCUUCAUAACAGGCUGUGACACUGGACUUGGAAACUCACUGGCUAAAUGGCUUGACAAAAGGGGAUUUUGUGUCAUUGCUGCAUGUGCCACAGAAAAAGGAAGCCAAGAGCUACAGUGCUGCUCUUCUCUCUCACUGAAGACAGUGAAUCUGAACUUAGCAGACUCCGACAGCAUUGCCAGGGCUGUGGUGUUUGUGACUGAACAGACAGCUGGCAAGGGGCUUUUUGGCUUGGUGAGCAAUGCUGAAGGAACAGCACCUGUAGGACCCACCGACUGGCUGAGGAUUGAAGACUUCCAUUCAGUCCUGGAUGUUAGCCUGCUGGGAUUGAUUGAAAUCACACUCAAGCUUCUGCCUCUUCUGAAAAAAGCUGAGGGAAGAGUUGUCAAUCUAAUGAAUGCCAAAGGUCUCAUGGCUUUUGUAGGGGGUGGCUACAGUCUGUCCAAAUGGGGCAUGGAAGCUUUCUCUGACACCUUAAGGAUAGAAAUGCGGCAUUUUGGAGUGAAAGUAAGCAUUGUUGAGCAUGGUUUCUUUAAGGCAGAAGAAGUUAAUUCAGAUAUCAUUGAGAAACACCUCUUCAAACUUUGGAACAGACUGACUCCUGAGAUCAGGGACUCCUAUGGAGAAAAAUACUUAGUUGAAUAUAUAAAAGCCCAAAGAUCAUCAGUGAAAAGACUGUGUGACUAUGAUACUUCUAAUGUCAUAAAAUGCAUGGAACAUGCACUGAUAGCAAAGUACCCCAGGACACGAUACAGGGCAGGAUGGGAUGCAAAGUUCUUCUGGCUGUUUCUCUCCUAUGGCCCGAGCUGUCUGUCUGAUAUGCUGCUGCGUAUUACACUGCCAGCUCCAGCUGAGAGCAGGAGACCAGUUCAUGGAGCUCUGAUGAGUGUCUAG